AUGGCAAAGAGAACAGCUGAAGCCGAUCACGGCGAUGCCCUCAAGGGCGGCGAACGUCCUGAGAAGAUGGACAUUGACGACAACACCAAGGAGAUGGGGGAGUUUGAAGAUGAGUUCGAGGACGAGUUCGAGAGCGAGGACGAGAUUCUUGAGGCUGGUGUUGAUGGACGACCUGAUGCUGAGCGCGAGGCUGAAGAGAAGGAUGCCAUGGAAGUCGACCAAGGAACCUUCAUCGUCGGACGAAGCAAACUCGAACCCGGCCAGACUCUCGCCCCCGAUCUGACAACUUACGAGAUGCUGCACAACCUCAGCACACCCUGGCCAUGCCUCUCUUUCGAUAUUAUCCGCGAUAACCUUGGCGACAACCGCAAGGCCUAUCCUGCUACCAUGUACACUGUCUCUGGAACACAGGCCGAGACUGGAAAGGCCUCUGACAACCAGAUCAUGGUUAUGAAGUUCAGCGGUCUCAGCAAGAUGGACCGUGGUGACGAGGGUUCUGACUCGGAGGACGACGAUGACGAGGACUCUGACCCUAUCCUUGAGAGCAAGUCUAUCCCUCUCAACUCUACGACCAACCGUAUCCGCGCCCACCAGAUUCCUAGCCAAGAGGCUGGGCGACCUGGAACUACCCUCACUGCCACGAUGACCGAGUCAAGCAACGUCUAUAUCCACGAUAUUACUCCCCACCUCGCCUCUUUCGACAAGCCCGGAACUACUAUCUCCGCUCAGCAGAAUAAGCCCAUCUCUACUGUCCGCGCCCACAAGACCGAAGGUUACGCUGUCGACUGGUCUCCCACAGUUCCCGGGGGUAAGCUCCUCACUGGCGACAACGACGGUCUCAUUUACGUGACAACGCGCACCGAUGGAGGCGGCUGGGUCACCGACAACCGACCUUUCCAGGGCCACACCAGCAGUGUCGAGGAGCUCCAGUGGUCACCUUCUGAGCAAUCUGUCUUUGCCUCUGCUUCAAGUGACGGCACAAUUCGCAUCUGGGAUGUGCGAUCCAAGUCCCGCAAGCCCGCAAUCACCAUGCAGGUCUCAAAUGUCGAUGUCAACGUUAUGUCUUGGUCGCGCCAGACAACUCAUCUGCUCGCCUCCGGAGACGACAACGGUGCAUGGGGCGUCUGGGAUCUCCGACAAUGGAAGGCCAGCUCCGAUAAGCCCCAGCCCAUCGCCAGUUUCAACUUCAACAAGGAGCAGAUCACAAGCAUUGAGUGGCAUCCCACCGACGACUCUAUCGUCGCUGUGGCCGCUGGUGAUAACACCGUCACACUGUGGGAUCUUGCUGUCGAGCUUGACGACGAGGAGAGCAAGGACACAGCGGGUGUCAAGGACGUGCCGCCCCAGCUGCUGUUUGUGCAUUACCUCAAGGAUGUGAAGGAGGUGCACUGGCACCCUCAGAUCACGGGUAGCUUGGUCGCCACCGGAGAGGAGUUCAGCGUCUUCAGGACCAUCAGCGUAUAA